AUGCAAAUUCUAAAAAAAAAAAUUCAAAAAAAAAAACAAAAAGAAAACUUCUUUUUUUUAUUCAAUACUUUUGUUUUUCAAUUUUUUUUUUUUUUUAUUUUUAUUUUUUAUGUUAAAAAAAAAAAAAUGUUUUACAGAUUAUCCACCCUUUUUAUUUUUUUCUUUUGUUUUAUUUUAAUUAGAGGUCAAGGACCAACACCAACAACAACUCCAACCAAUUCACUUCAAAAUUGUCGAGGUAAUCCAAUAUGUGGUGGACCAGAACAAGGUUAUUGUAAAGAAAAUAUUGGUUGUAUUUGUUAUACACCUUAUACAGGCAUUGAUUGUACUUCAAUAGUUAUAAUUAUACCAACACCAACACCAACACCAACACCAACACCAACACCAACACCAACACCAACAACAACACCAACACCAACAACAACGCCAUAUGUUAUUUUAUUAACUGAAAUCAGAGAACUUGAUGUUUAUGGUGAAACAGUGACUAGUUAUAAUCUUAAUAUUCAGAGAAUAUCAGGUAGUUCAAUAUAUAAAAUUUUAAAUUAUCAAACAACAAUUGAAAAAGGUGGUGUAACAACAACAGUUAAUGUAAUACAAGAAUUAAUUGAAGAUCAAGAAUUUUCAAAAAUAAAAUAUUCAGUUAAUCUCUCUCCAUUUGCUUUUGGAGGCCAUUUAAAUGUUUUACAAAUUAUAUUUAAAGUUCAAGUCCAAUUAAAUGAAACCAAUAAUCCUAUUUGCUCAAGUAAAGAAUUUGGUUAUACAAUAGAACCAGAUGAUUCUAGAUAUGUUAGACUUCAAGUUUCAAACAAUACUCUUUUAGGUAGAUUCCCAAUAAAUUGUUUGGCUGAUGGUGAAAACUAUCCAACAAUAGUAAAUAGUUUAUAUCCUACUGAUUUUAAUUCCAAAGCAAAUAAUGUGGAAUCAUAUAUUGGUAUUUCGGUUCCUUUUUAUCAAUCAAGUCUAAUUUUCAAUGCUGAUUUUUCACUUUCAUUAGAGAAAGCAGCAAAUUCCAAUUCAAAAAAUUCAAUUUGCUCACCAUUAUCUGAAAUAAAUAGUGAAUCAUCAACUUCUUCUUCUUCUUCUUCUUCUUCUUCAUUAUCAUUUUUAUUCAAAGGUCAAAUUGUUAAAAUUAUUACUAUCAAAUUUAAAAAAUUAUCUUUUUUUUUUGCAAUAGGAUUAAAAAAAAAAAUAUUAAUAAUAUAUUAA